AUGUGGCGGGAUCGAACAAACCUCUAUAUCUCCUACCGGCAGUCCUUCGCACAUCACCCUUCCAAGAAACCACGGCAGAUCGGAGGCGCCUGGAGUGAUCAUGCAGAUAGUACGGGAAAUUCUGAGGAACGCCGUGGGCUCAUGUCCGGCAGCGGAUUUGAAGAUGAUGGAGACGCCGUUAUAGAGAUGGACUUGCUCCCGCCUCGGUGGAUGGAUGUGCAGGACGAAGUAACCGAUUACCUGCGAGAUAUUGCCCAGAAGUCUGCAAAACUGGAUAAGCUGCAUCAAAAACAUGUCUUACCUGGGUUCGGAGACGAGGAAGUCCGGAGAGAAGAAGAAGAUAUGAUUGAAAGAUUGACUCGAGAUAUCACGAGAGGGUUUCACGACUGCCAGAGAUCGAUACAGAGGAUUGAGAUAAUGGCGCGAGAGGCACGAGAACAGGGCUCUGUCAACAAAGGUGAGGAUACCAUGGCCAGGAAUCUACAGAUUUCCCUUGCAGCACGGGUUCAGGAAGCUAGUGCAGGGUUCAGAAAGAAACAAAGCACAUAUUUAAAAAAGCUGCGAGGCAUAGAUGGAAUGGUCUCACCCCUCGAACGAUCUAGCUCUCCGGUACAAAACCAAUACACGGAUCCAUCCCUAAUAGAAUCCGACGCGGACAAGUCGUAUUCCCAAUCAGCUCUCCAGCAAACGGCACAACAGCAAUUGCAACUUGGCAGUAAUGAUGCCGCAAUUGCCCAGCGGGAACGUGAAAUCAAUGAUAUUGCAAACGGCAUCAUUGAACUCUCCGACAUUUUCCGCGAGUUGCAGACUAUGAUCAUCGACCAGGGUACGAUGCUUGACCGCAUUGACUUCAACGUCGAACGGAUGGCCCUCGACGUUAAAGGAGCCGAUAAGGAAUUAAAAGUUGCCACAAAUUACCAGAGACGAACCACGAAACGAAAAAUAAUACUUCUACUAGUCCUUCUGGUGGUAGCAAUGUUCAUUAUAUUGCUAGUCAAACCGAAGAAACGUGCCGCUGAGUCGGUUUCUCAACCACCGCCACCCCCUCAAGCAUUACAAAAUCCCCCACAUCAAAGAUCUCUCUUGCAUGAUGAUACGCCAUACACAAUAGGCCCGAGACGAAAUUCUGCUCACCAUAGACUACUGGUCGACUUGUGGAAUAGGGCGGACAAUCUGUUACCCUCGUAA